AUGCCGGAAUACACACAGCAGGACAUUGCCUUCAUGCGCAUGGCUAUCGCCGAGGCCCGCAACUGCACCAGCGUCGAGUCCGCAUACAAUGUCGGCGCGGUGAUCACCGACGGAACCCAGGUCCUGAGCACCGGCUACUCUCGCCAGUUCCCGGGCAACACGCACGCCGAGCAAUGUGCGCUGAUGGCCCUGGCCGACAAAAACAUCAGCACUGCGAAUACCACCAUGUACACGACCAUGGAGCCGUGCUCAACGCGCCUGUCAGGCAACGUGCCGUGCGUCAAGCGUGUUUUGAACGCAAAGAUCGCGAGGGUUUUUGUGGGCGUGGCCGAGCCGCCAAACUUUGUCCACUGCACUGGCAUCGAGGAGCUGCGCAACCACGGCGUCCAGGUCAUUGUUAUUUCUGAGCUGGAGGACGAGUGCAAGGCGCUGAACUGCCAUUUGGCCAAGUAAGACGGAGGUUUUUGGGGAUUAACAAAAUAUACUGGCUAUUAUACAGGGGAUGUGGGAAUCUGCGAAUGCGUGCGCUGGUGCCGCAUGCUGCUUAAAGUCAUCCAGAUCUUGCC